GACUUGCUCCCGAGGCCAAUAAAUUAGUGAGCAGCUUGAAGACCAUGCCAAUGCUGCACGAUGAAGCGUUUGCCCGGGAAACAAAGCUGAACAACUCCCAUGAGUUCCCCGAAAACACGCUGGUGCUCCCUGUCUCUAAGCAAAACAAAAGAAUUUUCUACACAAUCCUGGAGCUCUCGCCACUGCUCGAUUCUUCCAACAUGACACCGGAGGACUGGGCCAAGAUUGCAAGGAAACUUGAGGAGCACUACGAGAAGUACGAUGGGUUUGUGAUCCUUCACGGCACCGACACCAUGGCCUACACAGCUUCAGCCCUGUCCUUCAUGUGUGAGAACCUGGGUAAAACUGUUGUGCUGACAGGAUCUCAGGUGCCCAUAUACGAGCUGCAGAAUGACGGCCGAGCCAACCUGCUGGGGGCACUGCUGUUUGCUGGGCAGUUCGUGAUUCCCGAGGUGUGCCUGUAUUUUUAUAAUAAACUGUACAGGGGAAAUAGGGUGACUAAGGUGGAUGCUGGGAGUUUCAAUGCCUUUUCCUCACCUAACCUGCCUCCACUUGCAAAUGCUGAGGUUGAUAUUACAAUAAACUGGGAAACGGUGUGGAGAGCCAACACCAAAAAGAAAUUUCGAGUUCACACCAACAUGAACAGGAACGUUGGGCUUCUGCGCAUCUUCCCGGGGAUCACCGCUGCUGCUGUAAAAGCAUUUCUCCAGCCUCCCAUCGAGGGAAUUGUACUUGAGACCUACGGGAGCGGCAAUGCCCCGAACAACAGACAGGACUUGCUGGAGGAGCUGAAGAAAGCGACCGAGCGCAGGGUGGUGAUCCUGAACUGCACGCAGUGCUUGCGCGGCUCCGUCAAAAUGGUCUACGCGACCGCGCAGACUCUCGCUGAUGUCGGGGUAAUUCCUGGAGGAGAUAUGACACCAGAGGCGGCCCUCGCCAAGCUGUCGUACGCGCUCAGCAAGAGCAAGCUGAGCUGGGAGGAGAAGAGGCAGAUGCUGAGCGAGAACCUAAGAGGAGAAAUGACUGUUGUACCCACAGGAGCCAAGAUCUCCCUGAGAGAUAGCAAGUUUAUUCAAGUGAUUGCCAAAUCUCUGAGUAUCAGCAGCAAGGAGGAGUUGGAAGCCGUAAGAGACGCAUUAAUUCCACCUUUGGCUUGUGCUGCAGCUAAACUGGGUGACGUAGAUGCGCUGAGAGCCAUAGCAGAAAUGGGGGGAAACCUGAGCUGCGGGGACUACGACGGCUGCACUCCGCUCCACGUCGCGGCCUCCGAAGGGCAUUUGCCACUGGUUGAGUUUCUGCUGACGUCUGGCGCGACCGUUUAUGCCAGAGACAGAUACGGAUCAACCCCGCUGAUGAACGCCAUCAAGUUCAGGCAAAUGGAAGUGAUUAAUCUGUUACGAGAAACGGGAGCGCACCUCUCGAGCCAUGACCUGGAGAACACUGGGACAAUUCUCUGCAGCCUUGCAGCUGAAGGCGAUGUGGAGGGGCUGUACGCCUGGUACCUCGCUGGCGCGGACCUGGAGCAAGCGGGUUAUGAUGGCAGGAAUUCCCUACAAGUAGCAGAGGCUAUGGGGCACAAGGAGAUUUCUGACUUCUUUAGAGAAAAGCAGUGA